CAAUGAAAAUAUUUUCUUGUGUCGGAAUCUUUAUAUUUGGGAGAGAGAAGAGAGUUGUCUAACUGAACUCUAAAGGAAAGCAUCACUUUCUUUUUUAGUCUCAACUCUCAAAGACACUAAUUACUCUUAAACUGUUAAUACAGAUUCCAAAUCACUUUCUAGUCUCAGCACGCUCUCUGUUUGACCAAGAAGCAUAAAAAAGUUUCUCUUUAGAGUCAAGAGCGUGAGUAGUACAAGGCGGAGACUGCUGGUUUUCUCUCUCUCCGGUAUCAUUUGGUCAGAAAGAUCGAAGACCCAUUUGUCACUGAAAGGUUUAAAUGGACUUUGGUCUCCUAUGAAAUGCUUGCUGAAUGAAGCUGGAUCUCAGUAUUGUACUCUUAAAACUGAGCUGGCUCAAUCUCAAUUUGUUCAACGGAUUUAAAGAUGAAUUGUGACAUCCAUAGCUAGCAAACUGUUAAAAUGAGGCUUGACUUUUGUAUGCUUAUCAUGUUUAGUGGGCGGUUAUUGUGACUUUGGAUAGCUCUUUUAAGAGCUACUAGUCUGAAGUUAUUGAGAUUGAUUUUGAUUCCUCUUGAUGGCUUCUAUUAGAAGAGCAUUGUCUCCUGUGCCUCGACCUGGAACUAUACGUAAUGGAGAAGUGUGUUCAGUUGCUUCUCCCUUGUCCAAGUCCUCAUCAUCUCCUCAGCCCUAUCAACCAUCUGGUGGAUUGUUAUCUUCGUUGUUGGGUUCAUUGUACUCUCAAGGUUUUGUUCUUAGUGUACUUACGCCACGAUCUUCAAGGCCUCUUGAGAGGUCAAAACCAAAGGUGCAAUUUUGCAGGAGGUCUCUUUUCCAUUUUUUGAUUAGUUUCAUGGUCGGGGUUUUCAUUGGACUUACCCCUUUUACCUCAAUGAAUUUAUCCACGAAUCUCAUGUCAAAGCAUCAAGCUUUCUCAUUUGAGGUAACAUCUACUGUUGGGAAUUUUCAGUCUUAUGACAAUGUGACCAGAACUUUGACGCCAUUAGACAGUGGGGACAUAAAGCAUAAUGCCACGUUAGAGUCAGAAGUGAAGGAAGUGAAACUGACGGAGGAGAUACACGGUGAUAAAUUUGAUAGCCAACUACUCAACGAAAAUUCAAAUUUGGUGUCCCGGAAGCUUUUGAUAAUAGUGACACCAACAUAUGCUCGGCCAUUUCAAGCCUAUUAUCUGAUACGUUUAGCUCAUACAUUGAAGCUUGUCCCACCUCCUCUGUUAUGGAUUGUAGUGGAGAUGACCUCCCAAUCUGCAGAAACGGCUGAUAUCUUGAGGAGAACUGGGGUUGUGUACAGGCAUCUUGUUUGCAAUAAAAAUCUGUCUGACAUAAAAGAUAAAUACAUUCAUCAAAGAAAUGUGGCACUGUCACACAUAGAAACUCACCGUCUUGAUGGAAUUGUUUACUUUGCUGAUGAUGCUAAUUUUUACUUGGCUGAACUUUUUGAGGAAAUGAGGCAGAUCAGGCGAUUUGGAACAUGGAUGGUGGCCAAACUAGCAGGGAAUGGAAGCAAAAAUAUGUUGGAGGGGCCCAUCUGUAAUGGAUCUCAAGUAACUGGAUGGCACAUAAAUGGAUCAAAUGGGAGAUUCCAGAGAUUCCAUGCUGAAAUGUCUGGGUUUGCUUUCAAUAGCACUAUACUAUGGGAUCCAAAGAGGUGGCACCGACCCACUCUUGAACCUAUUAGGCAACUUGACACAGUCAACAAUGACUUCCAAGUGAGCACAUUUAUUGAACAGCUUGUGGAAGAUGAAAGCCAGAUGGAAGCCUUACUGCAGGACUGCUCAAGGAUCAUGGUUUGGAAUAAUUACCUUGGAUCAUCUAAUUCCUUCUAUCCCAGCACAUGGUUAAUGAAGAAUAAUCUAGAUGUCAUUCUUCCACUUACAUGAAGUUCUCGGUGUGAGAGGAGUCUAUUUGGAUAGCAAAAUUAAUUAUCUGUAUUGUAGGAAAGAUCGUCAAGAAUCAUAGAUCAUCCUGCCAAUGGUUAUUGGAAGUUUAGAGUGCCAAUCCUUUAAGGCUGGCUGAUGCAGUUCCUCCAUGAGAACAUGGUUUUUGCAGGCACAUUUUCUGCUCAUUUUAGCCUUAAAAUUAGUGUUAGCUUCCAUUAUUUUCAAGGAAAAAAGUAGCUUUGUACAGUUGUAUGAGUUGUGUAUUAUCUGCCUUGGCUGCUCAAUCUCUUAAAACAGUGAAAUUCAACACAACCAGUUAGGAAGAAAUAGCAAGAUUGCAAACAGUCAUCAUCUGCAGAGAGAUGCAUGAUCCGGCUAUUUCAGUUUAUGUUGCGAUUCCUUUUUCCAUGUAAAAAACUACAAGCAAUUUUGAUUUUUGUAAUAUUUAGUUGGUCAUUCAGCCAAAAAUAGAAAAAAGAAAAGAGAGAGUAUUUAGUUGGUGCUCUGGCCAUUUUAGUACA